AUGGAACUUCAGCGGCACUUUGAGCAGCUGGCUACUUCCACGAGCUGGCUGUCUCCGCUGGCUGUUGUUGCGCAUGUGGAUUUGGACGCGUUCUAUGCUCAAGUGCAAGGGGUUUAUGCGAAUAUUGACCCUGCAGAGCCGUUGUGCUGCCGCCAAUGGGGAUCUGUGAUUGCCGUAAACUACCCAGCACGAAAAUGCGGGAUCAAGCGGGGUAUGAACAUCAGUGAAGUAAAAAAACUAUGUCCAGGGGUCCAUCUGCCUCAUGUUGCUACGUUCAAAAAGGGUGAGACGACUUGGAAAAUGAGAGAUGAGCCAGAAAUGGAAAGCCAUAAGGUGAGUCUUGAUCUGUUUCGGAGCGAGAGCAGGAAAAUUUUUGCAAUUUUCAAGGACGAGUGCCCGGUUGUUGAGAAAGCGGGUAUAGAUGAGGGCUUUAUUGAUCUUGGACCCCAAGUUUAUCAGAUUGCCAAGGCCAGAUUUCCUGAAUUAUCAUCGAACGAUCCCCAGUCGAAACUGCCGCCGGUUCCCGAGUCAGUUGAUAUCGAGCAAUAUGGCCUCUGUUUUGCCGAUAAAACUCCCUCGACGUGGCAUGACAUUCUCAUACUACUUGGGAACAAAAUAGUGUAUGAUUUGCGACAAAAGGUUUAUGAGAAACUCAAGUACACCUGCUCCGCCGGCAUUGCGUCGUCCAAGGUCAUUGCAAAGCUCGGCUCGGGGUGUAACAAACCUUUCAAUCAAACGGUCGUCACCAAUUCACAUAUCCCCGAAUUCCUGGAUAAAUUCAAGCUGGGAGACGCUUGGGGGUGGGGCGGGAAACUUGGAGACGAGGUCACCCAAUUACUAUCGUUGCCGGACGACCACCAAUUCUCUUACAUUCGCGAUUUAUCUUUUGACCAGCUCAAAUCAAAACUUAAAGAUGAAAAGCUUGCCAGUGCGUUGCACAAGCUAUGCCGUGGGGCUCUAACAUGUGAAAUCACGAAACGAACAACUAUCAAGUCUAUGGCAAGUGUCAAGCAAUUCCGAGCCGGUGUCAAAACCGAGCAACAUGUCAAAGAUUGGCUGAAAGUGUAUAGUUCAGACAUUUCCGGACGACUCCAUGAUUUGGCUGUCGAUAACAAUGGACUUGAAUUCCGUCCCAAAUCUUUGACCCUCAAGUGGGCAAAAAACGAGAACAAUAAAAGCAAACGAGUGCCUGGAGAAACCCUCAUGGCAGUCCCGCAGGAAAACCUUUCCGAAGCAAUCUAUAAUCUUGUUGUUCCGGUUGCUGUUUCAUUGAAUCUAGUGGGCACCACACUUUUAGCAUUGGAUGCUUCGAACUUUGAAGAGUUACCAAAAGAGCGAAAACUCUUUGAAUCUUUAUUUGUUGACGAUGGCAAAGACGAAAGUCUAAAGUAUUGGUGUGAUAAGUGCCGUCGCAAAGUUGCCGACGAACAAGAACACAAAGAUUGGCAUUUCGCGAAACAGCUUCAGGCCCAACAAACGCCUCGGCCACUCAGUUUAAGCAGCCCGGCGUCACCAAGCAAACGAGGUGUGAAAAGAAAUGCUGCCGGUGAUCCCAAGCAAGGCAAAAUCUCUGAUUUUUUCAAAUGA